UGGAGAUGCCUAUCACACGUUUACUCUUCGCGCCUCGCGCGGUCACACGCACGCAACGCCAUCUCACUCAUCCUACGAUGAUCCCACCGACCUUCACCCCCCCUUUUGUAGUAUUACGCUCAUGUCGGGUCUCAAGACAUACGUGUAGAUCGCAACUCAUUAAAGAAGGCUUUUUUCACCUAACUGUAUUCGUUCGUUCGAUCCCCGUGCUUCCCAUCUGUUAACAUUAACAGGUUAUGGGCCCAGGGCACAUAAGUCGUAAGAAAAGAUCGUUGUGCGACAUACAGCGCGAUCGCAACGCGACCGACAAAAUUAUAACCCCAAAAGACGACGGACCGCUGUAAGUCGAAUCCUCAUCGACGCAAAGUCGAAGUCAGAGAAAGGUAACAUCAUGGCGUACGCAAGUAUUGUUAACUCCACACGCAUCGAAAUGCUCAACCGAAAUAAUUACGAUACAUGGAGCAUCCAGGUUGAAGCGUUAUUAAUUAAAGCGGAUUUGUGGGAGUACGUGUCCGGCAGGAAAGUAAAACCCGAGGUACGGCAAGGCGAACAGCAAGCGGCACAGCAAGCAGCUCUGGAAAAUUGGAUAGCCCACGACCGAAAGGCGAAGUCGGACCUCAUCCUAUCGAUUUCCCCAUCCGAGUUGAAGCAGGUACGCGGAUGCGAAACCUCGCGAGAAAUUUGGACGAAGCUGGAAAACAUUUUCGCAUCGAAAGGGCCAGCGCGUAAGGCAAAUUUACUCAAACAACUUAUCUUGCAAAAAUUACCCGACAACGGCGAUCUCCGCGAGCAUCUAUCGCGAUUCUUUGAUAUCGUCGACAAACUCAGUGCCAUGAACAUCGAAAUAAACGGAGACCUUCUUACAAUCAUGCUUUUGUAUAGCUUGCCGGAUAACUUUGAGAACUUUAGGUGCGCUAUUGAAACUCGCGACACGUUACCGGACGCCGAAUCGCUGAAAGUGAAAAUUCUCGAAGAGCACGACGCUAGGGAACGGAGAUCAAGUCAACUCGAAUCAAACGCAAUGUAUGUAAAGUGCAACUCAAAAGGAAAACCAUUCAACAGAGGCAAGACCGAGAAGGGCCACAAGGAAUCCGAAUGUUUUGCGAAGAAGAAGGAUAAGGAUAACAAGCCUCUCAAAGAUCAAGACGCUAAUCAAGUCGACGAAAGUUUUUAUAUAAACGGCCCAA